UUGCGAGCUUAGCCACGCGUACCCAGUCAUUGGGUACGGUAGACAUUUGGCCAAAGACCAGCAUCAAGAUAAGGUCAGCGAGAGCUGUGGCCCAGGAUGCGCAGGAACGGGUGGUGCCGUUAGUGUUGGACGACAGCUCGCUCGAGAGGCCACCAGAACCAGAAGGGGGCCACGAAGAAGGCCCCCAGAAGGGCCUGCUGGAUGGUCUAGUUUGCGAGCGACCAUCGUCAUCGUCUUCGUCGUUGUUGUUCUCGUCCUUCGAUCCGGAUCGAGAGAGGCACGAAGAGGAAGAGGAAGAGGAAGAAGAAGAAGAAGAAGAAGAAGAAGAAGAAGAAGAAGAAGAAGAAGGAGAGGAGGAAGGAAAGGGGAGGUUGGAAGAGAGAACGGAGGGAGAGCUCCGAGAUACUGGUUCCGUUCCGAGUGCGCUGGCGGACUUUGAGUUAGGACUCGUCGACGAGAAGGAAUACGCGAUUCGAGUUUGUCUUUCGUCAACGGACGUGCCAGUCUACGUUCAUCGAAAGAGACAAGCGGAAGAAGAGUAUCAUCACCACCACCACCAUCAUCAUCAUCACCAUCACCAUUACGAUCAGCAACAGCAGCAGCAGCAGCAACAACAGCAGCAACAUCCUUCGAGACAAGAACACCAAGAAGAUACGAAAUCCUCGAGAAGAACAACGUCGGACAACGUUGAAGAUUUUCGAAGUAGAAUUUGCGGGGAAGGUAGACAACGGAGAUCCUCCUAUUGCAGGAAUCAUCCUCAUCCACAUCAUCAUCAUCAUCAUCACCAUCACCAUCGUCAACGUCAUCAAGGAGGAGGAGGAGGAGGAGGUGGAGGUGGCGAGGGUGGUGGAGGAGGAGGACCUGGAGUCGAUCGGAAUCAUCGUCCCUGUCGAGUUCAUGCUCGGAGGAGAGAAUUCUCGAGGGAAAAACAGCCAAAGGAAGAACGGACAGAAGAUCGUAGAGAUUUGAGACACUCGGAGGAAGUCGAGUGUUCGAUCAUACAUCUCGAUCAGGAUCCGAUUCUUCGUCCGGUACGGGUACUCGGUUGUCCUCCUGCGGAAGGACAAGAGAUAUCCUCGUUCUUGGAACCGUCUGUCGUUAGUGGUGUUGCUAGUGGUGGUGGUGGUGGUGGUGCUAGUGUCGUUGGCUGUGGUGAUAGCGCUACCGGUGCUUCUAGCUCUGUUCCAAGCGUGCCGUACGUUUACGGUGGACUUUCAACGAGCGGUAUUGCGACGGAGGGUCCUUGUUACGGUCUGUACAACCCGGAUAACAUACGGCCAAAGAGCCGUGUCGGGAGCCGCUUCGCCAAGAUCCUCGAGAGACCGAAUCGCGCGGUGAAGGACGUUAAUCGUAAAGUGCUUGCAAUGAUACGCGCUAUGACGCCUUCCUGGUCGUUGCGUCUUCUCGGCGUCAGCUGCGGUUCCGUGGUCUGCGCUUGGGGACUUCUUCUGAUACUCUCGGUUCUCGGGGGUGGUGCAUCUCACGGUACUGGGACCGGCAUCGGCAGUUUCGGCCUUGGAAGUCUCUCCGGUACUAUGGACGAUCUCAAUGCGGCCACUUGUCCUUGGGCUUGUUCCUGCGGAGGUCAAGAGGUUGACUGUUCUCAUCGAGGACUCACUCAGAUACCUGGCGACCUGGCUGCCCUUCUACUCGCCGAAAAAUUAGAUCUUCAAGGGAAUAAUAUCUCGGUUAUAUUUAAGACGGACUUUGAGGACAUGGCGACGCUUCACGUACUGCUAUUAUCGAACAAUCAGAUCCAUACUAUCCAAAGAGGGGCGUUUCAAGAUCUGGUCGGUGUGGAGAAACUGCGCCUCAAUAACAAUCAAAUUCGUCAUCUCCCGGAUCUCCUCUUCAGCAACAUGAUGAACUUAAAACGGCUAGACCUAAGUCACAACCAGAUAGCCACGAUAGGACCGAAGACGUUAAGAGGAGUCUCUGCUCUCAGGCACCUUUUACUGGAUAACAACGUGUUGACGUGCAUCGACGAAUCCUCGAUAAGAGAAUUAAAGGAUCUCGAGAUCUUAAUGCUGAACAACAACAAGCUAACGACGCUAGGAAAGGAGAUGCUCACUGGUUUGUCGCAUUUACGGACCCUCAAAUUAGCCGAUAAUGCUUUCGCUUGCGAUUGUCACUUAACAUGGCUUUCUCGACAUUUGAGAACGUAUUCUCGUCUCGGACAGCAUACGCGAUGCUCGUCUCCAGCUCAUUUGAAAGAUCGAAGUCUCGCUGAUCUGCAGGAACACGAGUUCAAAUGCUCCGGCUUGGUAGAACGAGCGGGCUCGGAAUGCAGUGCGGAACCGCAAUGCCCGCAUCCCUGCAAAUGCGCCAACGGAAUCGUCGAUUGCCGAGAGAAUUCCUUGACGAAAGUACCGACCCAUCUUCCGGAGGACACCACGGAAUUACGUCUGGAACAAAAUGGUAUUACGGAGAUCCCACCCAAGGCCUUUUCACCGUAUAGAAAAUUACGGAGAAUCGAUCUCAGCAAUAAUCAGAUUCAAAAGGUGGCUUCUGAUGCGUUCCACGGUUUGAAAUCCCUCGAAUCUCUAGUUCUCUAUGGAAAUAAGAUCAGUGAACUUCCAGGUGGUCUCUUUCAAGGACUCUCCAAUUUGCAAUUACUAUUGCUCAACGCCAAUGAAAUUUCUUGCAUAAGGACCGAUCUUUUCCGAGAUCUUUACAACCUCACUCUUCUUUCUUUGUACGAUAAUAACAUCAAGUCUCUGGCGAAUGGAACCUUCUCAAAUCUACGGAGUAUUAAAACACUACAUCUAGCAAAAAAUCCUUUCAUCUGCGACUGCAACUUGCGAUGGUUGAGUGCCUACCUUCACGCACAUCCAAUCGAGACGUCUGGUGCAAAAUGCGAGUCGCCGAAGAGGGCGCAGAAGCGGAAGAUCGAUUCGAUGCGGGACGACAAGUUCAAAUGUAAGGGCGACGAAGAACUUUUGACAAAGAGAGCUGGUGAAUGCAUUCUACCCGGUGCAUGCCCCUCGCCUUGCUCGUGCAACGGAGCAACUAUCGAUUGUUCCAGUAAGAAGCUUACCUCAAUACCCAGAGAUCUACCGAUUUACACCUCUACUCUUUUGCUAGGCAACAACGAGUUGGACAAGAUCAAAGCGGACGGGCUAUUCCAAAAGCUUCCGGAAUUGCAGCAUCUGGAUCUAAGGAAGAAUAAAAUCUCACGCAUCGAAGCGUCCGCUUUUCAAGGAGCACACAAGCUCACCGACCUAUUGUUGUCCGACAAUCGGCUGAGAGAAGUUCACAACAAGAUGUUCACUGGUCUGACGAAUCUGAAGAGCUUGAAUCUCCACGGAAAUGCUAUAACAUGCGUGAUGCCUGAGGCUUUCGACGGAUUGGCUCACAUUCGUGCCAUCAACAUGCAAGGCAAUCCACUGUCGUGUAAUUGUCACCUCGCAUGGUUCGCCGGAUGGCUCAGGAAACGAGAUAUGACAGGAAUGACCGGUCGUUGUCACGAUCCCCUGCGACUCAAGGACGCCGUCAUUAAGGAUAUUCCACAUCACGAAUUCAAAUGUAACAAUGACAGCGUUGGCUGUCUGGGCGACGAUUACUGUCCACCCCAGUGCAAUUGUGCUGGUUCGGUGGUAAGGUGUUCAAGGGCUCAGCUUACGGAGAUUCCACGUGGGAUUCCACCGGAAACCACGGAGCUGUAUUUGGACGAGAACGACAUUAAGACCAUCCAACCAGAGAGACUGAACCACCUGAGGAUUCUGACCAAGCUCGAUUUGAGCAACAAUCAGAUCGGAAUGUUGUCCAACGAUACCUUUAGGAAUCUCACGAAGCUGUCGCAUCUAAUUAUCAGCUACAACAAAUUGCAAUGUGUGCAAAGAAACGCUCUCGCGGGACUGAAGUCUCUGCGUAUAAUUUCUCUUCAUGGCAACGACAUAUCGGUGAUUCCCGAGGGUGCUUUCGAGGAUUUGAAAUCGAUAUCUCAUCUUGCUCUUGGUUCGAACCCUCUCUAUUGCGACUGCAGCAUGCGGUGGUUGGCUGAAUGGGUGAAGAAAGAUUUUGUCGAGCCUGGUAUAGCCAAGUGUAUGGAUCCACCGAACAUGAGAGACAAACUUCUUCUGACGACACCACCCGACGCGUUUCAAUGUAAAACCAAGCAACAGCCAGCCGAGGUCCUGGCCAAGUGCGACCUGUGUUACACCGCGCCAUGCCAGAACGGAGGACUCUGCGAGGCGCUUCCGGAUCGGCAGUUCCGUUGCAAGUGCGCGCCAGGAUAUCAUGGGGACCGGUGUCAGCAUAAAAUUGACGCGUGCUAUGGAAAUCCUUGCAAGAACUCCGGAACUUGCAAAGUAUUGGAAGAAGGAAGAUUCAGUUGCGACUGUGCCCCCGGAUACGAGGGACUCCGAUGCGAGAGUAACGUCGACGACUGUGCGAACAACAAGUGCGCCAAUAACGCGACCUGCGUCGACCUCGUUCAGGCCUAUCGAUGUGACUGCACCCCAGGAUUCAUGGGAGAAUACUGCGGAGCGAAAAUACCCUUUUGCACAAAGGGGCACGAUCCCUGCGAGAACGGGGGUCGAUGCGUCGAUCACCAAACCCACUACAGCUGCGAAUGCCCGAUCGGCUUCACCGGCCUUAAUUGUUCCACCAACCUGGAUGACUGCGGUGAUCAUAUGUGCCAGAACGGUGCUACUUGCAUCGACGGCAUAAACAAUUAUGAGUGUAAGUGCGCGGCGGAGUAUACUGGAAGGUACUGCGAGAUUGCACCAUCAACAGCCAUGUUAUAUCCGCAAACGAGUCCGUGUGCACAUCACGAUUGUCAGUAUGGUGCCUGCUUCCAGCCAGCUCCUGCCUCCGCCGCGGACUAUCUUUGCCAGUGCCACCCCGGCUAUACCGGAAAACGAUGCGAGUACCUGACGAGUCUGAGCUUCGUGGACAAUAGCUCGCUGGUCGAGCUAGAGCCGCUACGCACGAGGCCCGAGGCAAAUGUGACCAUCAUUUUCACGACCACGCAGGAAAACGGGGUUUUACUCUACGACGGUCAAAACGGGGAGCAUAUAGCCGUCGAGUUGUUCAAUGGUCGCGUCCGAGUCUCUUAUGACGUUGGAAAUUAUCCUACGUCGACGAUGUACAGUUACGAGAUGGUCUCCGAUGGUAAGCCCCACAUGGCUGAACUUUUGGCGAUCAAGAAGAACUUCACGAUGAGGGUUGAUCGCGGUCCAGCCAGGAGCAUCAUAAACGAGGGCCCGAGGGAAUAUUUGAAGCUCAUCACGCCGAUGUACGUUGGUGGUGUCACACCCGAAGUCGCCAACGUAGCCUUCUCCGAGUUUCAUUUAAGGAACGUCACGAGCUUCCAAGGCUGCAUCUCCGAGAUGUGGAUCAACCACAAGCUGGUGGACUUUAGCAAUGCCGCCAAAAGGCAUCGCGUUACUCCUGGAUGUGCUUCUAACGAGGAGGAAGCUGAUGAAGCACGAGACGUCAUCGAAGCCGAAGGCAUUGCUGUCGGCAGUAACGAAGAUACCUUGCCACAGGAGCACAUUCCUCCUCGCGAACAUUCCGAUAUCGUCGUAUCGCUCCCAAUCACAGGAAUCUCUGAUCCCUGUGCCGGUCACGAGUGUAAGAAGGGCUCGCAAUGCGUUCCAUCGGCAUUUGGGAAUGAUUAUUCCUGCAGAUGUCAGACCGGCUGGUACGGGCGAUAUUGCGAGAAAGCGCCAACGUGUCGUAAAGAGCACACGAGGGAGUACUACAGCGAAAACGGAUGCCGUAGUCGACGACCUGUGAAACUUGCCAAAUGUUGGGGAAGUUGCGGCAAUUCGUGCUGCUUACCAAGAAAGACCAAACGACGCAAGGUUCGGCUAAUCUGUACGGAUGGCAUGCGGUACACGAAGGACGUCGACCUUGUUCGUAAGUGCACCUGUACUAGAAAGUGCUACUAGCAAGUAGUAAUAUCCGCAUCUCGUCACACGAGCAGCCUCCCUCUCAACAAUCAUCAUCGUAGCAGUACACUGAGACUUAGACGAGAUCGUCGACGAAAAGACCCCGAGAUCCAAAAUCGCACUAUCAAUCUUUUAAAUAUCCCUGAACAUUCGAAGAUGCGCCGAAGAAGGAAAGAAGAAAAAAAGGAUGAUAAGAAUAGAAGAAGAUGGAAGAAGAAGAAAAAGAAUAAAGUAACUACCCUCGACGCAUCUUCAAAUUAAAACCCAGGAGAUUUUUGAAAGUGAAAGUGACAGAGAACAGUGCGGGCCAAAACUAAGAUGGACACACACAGCCGGCUCAGUGUGAUAUGUAUUAUUAAUUAUUAAUUAUUAUUAAUUAUUAAUUAUUAAUUAUUAUUACUAUUAUUAUUAUUAAUAUUAUUAUUAACAUUAAUAUUAAUAUUAAUAUUAAUAUUAUUAUUAUUAUUAUUAUUAUUAUUAUUAUUAUUAUUAUUAUUAUUAUUAUUAUUAUUAUUAUUAUUAUUAUUAUUAUUAUUAUUAUUACUACUACUACUACUACUACUAUUAUUAUUAUUAUUGGAGAUAAAGCGAAGAAGCUAAAGUAUAUUGUAAGUACUAUUAAGUAUGAUGGACUAUCGAUAUCGAAAGGGAAAGAUAAAAAAAAAUAAGAAACCACACACAUACAUAUUGCAGUUUAACGCAUAUUAGGUAUUAUACGUAUUAUUAUAGGAUUGUAAGGAUUCAUAACUGCCUAAGAACUGCCUAACAGGGGAUGGAAAGAUGAAUAGAUGAAGAAAAAAUAAUAAUGGAAAGGAUAAUAAAAGAAAAGAUGUACACGAUGCAAGCACGCACGCAUCAUUCUCAUCCCUAAUAACGAUUUGUGGUUACGAUAAAAAGCGUGCUUGCGACCGUAAAACACAUACACACAUACACGUACACACACGCGGGCAAGCACACAUUCACAGAGACAGACACGCAGUUGCGAAUAUUUAGCCGAGCACGUAACGUAACGUGUCCACACUAUUAAAAAAAGACGAUGAUUCGUGAGAUUUGUGGGUAUUAACGAAUAAAAAAGAAAAAGAUAAGUGGAGAAAAAGUAAGAAAAAAAAAAAUAAAAAUAAAAUGAGGAGAAGCGUUCCUGAACGUACGCGAGCGCACGGUGUAUGUUUCGUCGUCUUUUUCGUUGAAAUCGUUUUUUAAAAAGCGAUAAUGACAGAAAAGUUCCGCUUCUAAUCAAAGAGAAAACGUUCAUGGUGCGCUCGCCGAUCGGUUUAUCGCGGUCGAAUAAUAGCAGCUAUCGAUUUUUUUCUUUCUCGUUUUAUUUCUUUCUUUUUUUUCUUUAAUCACGCACUGUACUCGAGAGAACGAAUUAAUUACGCACGAUAAAUGUUAGUUUUCCAUAUAUCACGUCUUUUACUCAACGAAUGUUAACCCUACGUCGGGCAUCUACCCCUAGAAAAGAUGACUUCUAGAUCGAAUAAGAAAAAAAAAAAAAGGAAAAAGGAAAAAGUAUGAAAAAAUAUUAAAAGAAAGAAAGAAAGAACUGCCACCUUUUUUAGCAUAAUAAUAUAUUUAUAGCGAAUACGUAGUUGAAAAGGCAAUUGUUCCUCGGGAGACUCUUUUCUUUCUUCGUUCGUUUAUCGCUCGAUAUUUAUUUAUUCGCCGAAGAUUGUUCGUUUAAGAGCCAAGUAUGAGAUUUUAUUAUCCAUUUUAAUAUUUACGCAAAUAAUUCUUUUUCUUUUUUUUGCAUAUUAUAUUUCUCCAAUGCCAUAGGCGUUUAAAGAUUAGUAUUCCUUCUAACGAUAUAUUCUAACGUUAUUUCUAACUUUUUAUUGAUAGUUUAAAAGUAAGAUCUUUCGUAGGAUAAAGUUUAAACGACAAAAUAAUAUAUUGUUUCUUAUUUCCGUUCUUCUUUACUUUUUUCUUUCUUUCUUCUACUUCUCGUUUCGUUCACUUUCACGAAAAGUAUGUAGACUUUGUCGAUUCGGUAUCGGCCUAUUUACGAUUAGAUACAUUCGAAGUCGAUAAUGCAUUCUACGAGUAGGUCGUGAACGUGUAAAUAAAUUACGAACCGAUCAUGAUUUUCGAGAAUAGAUUGAGAGGUCUCCGUGAAGAGCGUGGAAAGAGUUUCUAAAUCGGUGAUUUCGAUGACUUCUGCGCACUACAUACGGCCUAAUCGUAAUUAGUCUCGAGAGAAUAAAAGUGCAGUUUGUGAAAUAUUCAAGGAGCAUCGAAACUUCGGAAUCGAAUCGUUUUGAAAUAGUUUGAAACGAACGAUCGGAGACCGUUCACUUUCGAAGCUUGCUAAUAAAUAAAUAUUAUUAUACAAUUAAAUUGAUCGAACAGAUUUGUUCGAGGCAAAAUUCGUUUUAUUUUCAUUGAAAUUGAUAGAGAUUCGCUCGAGACGAACGAUCGAUUCGUGGCGCGUUUCGUAAAACGAGAAGUGAUCUUUAAAGAAUUUCAUUUGUUAAACGUUAACGAACGACGAGAUAAAUUUGAGAAUCUGUAAUUUGAGAAAAAAAAAGGUCGGUGACUCCAACAACUUCCGAACGGGGAGUCUCCAUAUCCGAUACGCGAAGAGACGUAACCUUCGUGUAAUUAUUUUUGUAUAAGAGAAUAAUUUAUAUGGGAUUGUAGCGUAUUGGUUCGUACGGGAAAUAUCAUUCGAACUACUUAAUUCGCUAAAAUAGGUAGAGAUUAUUUCGCGUAUAAUAUAUUAAUAAUAUAAGUUAAUACGUGCACUUAUCCGGUGAGAAAUAAUCCACUGUCAUUCGAUGGUUCAAAGCGUUUACAAUUGAUUACUUCGAUUUUGAUGAAAUUCAUUAUCGAUUUAUUUCAUUAUUAAACGAUAACGUACCAACGUAUGCGCGUGGGUUUUUCCAUAAAAGAAAUUCUUUCUUUCUGAUACUAUAUCUACAUAGAUCUUUGUUCGAUUAAUUUAAAAAAUUUGUAAUAUAAAGGAAAGAGAAAACACAUACGCGCACGCACGCCUAAAAUCGUAAAUAAAGUGAUCGCGAAAAAGCGUAUCGAUUCUUCUCACCGCUCUCUCCGUAAUUCAUAGCCCAAUUUAAGCAUAGGUGUACCAUAACGGCAUACAUACGUCAUAUUAUUACAUUGAUACAACUUUGUAAGUAUUAAUAGCCGUAUAAGCUCGCUUAUAUCGUUUCGUUUAUAACUCGCUCCGACGUCGACCUUCGAAAUAAAUCCUUUCCAGAAUAAUGGCCAGUCGAUUUUUCUUGCAUAUGCAUAGGUGCGAUUAGGUGCGAAUUAAUGUGAAUCAACGUGAACGAUUUUGAAAGUAAAGGAAAGAAAAGAGAAAAAAGAUAGAGAUAGGCAAAGAAACCAGUCGGAUGAUUGUCGGUUCGAUAAUUUUCGAAUUUGAUUAAAUCAACUAAAUGAAGAAGAAAGAAUAGAAAAAUAGACGCGUAUGGAUUAGAGAAAAAUUCGAUAUCAGCGAGGAGAAGCCAUUUAGUAUGAAAGUGGUACGCUAGGAAAAUAGAAUAGAGAAAAGAGAAAAAUAAAAAAAAAGAUAAUGCGGAGAGAAAGAAAAAGACAGAUAGAGAGAGAGAGAGAGAGAGAGAGAGAGAGAGAGAGAGAGAGAGAGAGAGAGAGAAAGAGAGAGAGAGAAAGAGAGAGAGAGUAAGGUGACGUUUUAUUGCGAGACGUACGUUUGUAUUGGACAAUAAUAACCGGCAAAAAAGGAUGAGUUAAUUAGCGAUGAAAAGAGUGUUGGCUUCAAAAUGACCCUUUCGUCAAUUUUCCAGACGAUUAUUCUAAACGCAAAACUUUUUUCAUUUUUCAUCCUAGCCGUCUUUAUUUGAUUCUUUCUCUUAGAUUGAAAAUAUUUUUUAUAACUCUUUCCAUAUAAGUUACAAUAAUUUUUUUGUUAUUCUUUAUUGUUUUAUUCUUUUUUUUUUUUCUUUGAACGCGAAUCUUACGAUAUAAGACCGACACUCUUUUCCUGAUAAAUAAUAAACGAAGUUAUUACAUUUUUCAGAGUACUCUGAAUUCUAUGUUGGCAAAAAAGAGAGAGAGAGAGAAAGUUUGAAAGAAAUAAAACGGAGAGAAAGAGAGAGUGCGUGUGAAAGAAUUAGGAUGUGUGAACAUAAAUUCGUGAGAGCAUGAUCAUGAAUCGAGAGGGAAGAAUGGGAUUUGUAUAAAUGUGUCUAUCGCGAAGCACGUUUUACCAAAUAAAACUGGAAUACUGCAUGCCUAGAAAUACUAUAGCUCUAUACAUGUAGGUAUUAAAUUAGGUAUUAGCGUGAAAGCAAAAUGUCUAUGUUUAUAUAAUGUAACAAAUCUUCGAAAUAUGAAUGCAAUUAAAUAAAUGUAUGUAAAGUUUAUAA